AACCAACAAGAAGAAGAAGAAGUUGUGUUGUGCACACAUUGGUAUUGGUGAAGGCUGCGGACUAGUAUGACUUUGCAACACUCCUGACAGUGUGUGUGUGUGUGUGUGUGAGAGAAUUAGUUAGGGUGCGUGGAGGAGGAGUCAGAAAGAAUUAAAGCGACAUUCACGCAAACCCAGGUCCUCCUUACACCGUAAACCCACGCUGGCCGUCAUUCAUCUCGCUUCUUUCCUGUGAAUCAUUGGGCCUGAAAGCGAUUGGAGCUGCCGUGUCUCGGGCAGCGGGAGGAUGAGACCGACACAGUGACAAAGGACCGUGUCCUCUGUGUCUUUCGCCUUCUCAGCAGCAGCAGCGAAACUGGGCUCCCGCUGUCCUCACCGGCGGAGACAUGAGGAACCCGCUUGCCAGCGGAGUUGCCGUGACAUUGUGGCUGUUUGUAGAGUGUGUAGAUGCCAAGAAGUUCUGCUGGUAUUUUGAAGAACGAUACCCUGCCUAUUUUGUAUGUCGCUCUUACGAGGACUGCUGUGGAACUCGCUGCUGUGUGAGAGCCUUGUCCAUUCAAAGAUUAUGGUACUUCUGGGUCCUCCUCAUGAUGGGGGUGUUGUUCUGCUGUGGUGCUGGCUUCUUCAUCCGUAGAAGGAUGUAUCCUUCUCAUCUGAGAGAUGAGUCAACCUUUAAUGUCUCCUUCACCAGGCACCCUGUCACCACACCAGUUUCCCAGCAGCCAGGCAGUAUGCAGGGCUUCGGGGUGAACGGGAUGGCCGGAGGUGACCCUGGGAUUACAAUGACCCAGCCUGCAUAUCCAGCACAGCCCGGUUCUGCCCACAUGAUGAUGUGGUCCUAUCCGCCACCUCCGUCCUACUGCAAUCACCCACCGCCACCUUACGAACAAAUAGUCCAAAAUGACGACAAGAAGUAGUGCCUUCAGAGAGCGGAGGAGGUGGAACAUGAAAAGGGAAGGGAGGCAAUGGUGACAGAGUGCUGAUGAAGCUGAAGAAAAGGACCAGUCUGCUGUUUGAGAGUUAAUGAUAACUGACUGAGUGAAGCAGUUAAUGACCUAUUACUGUCAUUGAAAGUAGGCACAGUACCCACAGUCUGACUCACACUUACAUCCCCCUCUAGUUCACAUGAACACAGCCUGAUUAAGAAACCAUGUUAGGUCUACGUCUCCCAGUAGCUGGGCAGGUUGCCAGUCACUGUGGAAUAAAAUGCCGGGGGAAAAAAGAUUUUUAACCACAGAGAAACAUUUUGUAAAAAACUUAGUAUGAGUUUUACAGAUGGCACAAGCUUUCCAGCAUUUUAAUGCACCACACACUUUUUCAUUAAUAAAUUAUUGAUGUAUUAUUAUUUUUUUAUUCAUAGCCCAGUUAUGUAAUGACAUGAUGCAGUGGUUGGUGGCUGGUUUUCCUUUCCUCUAAGGUUUAGUGUCAGCUGUAGACCUUCCAGUGUUACAUCCUGACUCUUUCAGAGGCGGCCCUUGGAUGACUGCUGCUGCGGAACUGGGUUAACUAAGGGGUCCCAUCUGUUUGAACAGUGGGGUCGGACAUAUUUUUGCACACUCAAACAAAAAAUAUGCAUCAGCACUGUUUUCCAGUCUACAUUAUCCAUUUGGCUGUUGUAAUACAAUAAGCCAAGAAAUCGAUUUGAGUAGGGAUUGUUAGGGAACCUUUAGGAACAAAUGUUUUGGGCUCUGAUAUUGAGUUUCUUGAGUAGUACAGCCUGAUGCUUUUUUCCAAACUUUCUUAAUAAACAUAAAACUGCAGCCUA